CAUGAGAGAUGCAGGCCCUGCGAAGCUCCCGGUGUUGUAUCUCUGCAGCGGCAGCCUUCUCAGCGCCCUCAGCAGCAGCCCUCGCGCCAUCCCGCGUCCUCCCCCUGUCCGUGAGGCAGCAGGUGCGUCACUUCACGCGCAACAACUCCAAGACCAUCUUGAAUCAGUGGUACGACUCACUGCCGCUGACGAAGCGGUGGAAGCGAGCCAUCCGGAAGGGCACUAUGGUGUGGGAGAAGGGGCAGGUGAAGAUCCCGCGGCUCAAGGUGGAGGGCUAUGACUGCAAGACCAAUCCCUACAGGGGGCCGCUCUCCGCACUCAGGAGCCCACGCAUCGAAAUCCAGGACUGACUGACUGAGGAUGUGAUCUCGGAGGGAGGGACACAGGGGGGAGGGAGGGAGGAAGGGAGGUGCUUGGUGGAGGGCUGAUGUGGUUGUGUUGUGCGGUGUGCGGCUGUGCGUUCGUUUGUGGUUGAUUGGCAUGCACCAGACUCCCGUCACCUGGCAGAGCCCGGCAUCUCAGCGAAGAUGCCGGGCUUUGUUGAUGAUGGGGAUCGGGUGCUUACAAAUCAGCCACAGCUCAGCUGGUGAGCCGCCAGACCAAGUGAGUUUUGGUUACCUGCACGAUUGCGCAGGGGUGCAUGGUGUGUACAGUAAGUAACUUGUGUGCAUGAUGUGAUGUGCACGGACGGUUGACUGAUUGAUGUGGAAGCGGACCGGGGUGGGUGUGUCCAUCAUCCUGCCUAGCUGUGCUGGUGUGAAUGGAUGGGCAUGGCAUGGCCGGAUGUGUCGGUAAUCAAUCUGCACGGG